CAAACAGACAAUGUAGCUACAGAAUGGAUACACUGGCUUUUUAUUAUGGUUUUACAGACAGUUUCCGGCACAAGACGUUAAUGCUAAGUUGCUAGCAACAGAGUACUUGCUGCUAGAUGGGAGCUUUUCUGCUUCUUUAAAGGGAAGUUUUUUUUUCGUGUGAAUGCAGGUGGAACAUGCCAAUCAGCCCUGACCGUCAGUAAGGACCUGCUUUAUCUUCUCUCAACCCAGGCUCGAAAUGGGAAAAGGUUGUAAAGUGGUGGUGUGUGGCCAGGCAGCGGUUGGGAAAACAGCCAUUCUGGAGCAGCUGCUGUACGGAAACCACUCUGUGGGCUCUGAGUCUAGUGAGACGCAGGAGGACGUGUACGUGGCCUCGGUGGAGACUGAUCGAGGUGUGAAGGAGCAGCUGAGGCUUUACGACACCAAAGGACUUCAAGAUACUCAAGACCUCCCGAAGCACUACUACUCUGUGGCCGACGGCUUUGUGUUGGUUUACAGUGUCGACAGCCUGGAGUCCUUCAAGAAAAUUGACUUCCUGAAGAAGGAAAUCGACAAGUCCAGAGACAAGAAGGAGGUGACCAUCAUCGUCCUGGGGAACAAAAGCGACCUGACCGAGCUCCGUCAGGUGGAGCAGGAGGUGGCGCAGCAGUGGGCACGGGGGGAGAAGGUGAAGCUGUGGGAGGUGAGCGUGACAGAGCGCGGCUCGCUCAUCGAACCCUUCAUCCAGCUGACCAGCCGGCUGACCCAGCCGCAGAGCAAGUCGGCCUUCCCUCUCCCUGGACGCAAAAGCAAAGGCACGGCCUCCAAUGACAUCUGAGAGGCCCCGCCCACCCGGACCCCCAACUCAACCAGUUUACACUCCUCUGCAGUGUUAACCAUCUGCAGUUAGAACAUUAUAUACAGGCUUGAUUCUUAAACAUGGCAGCAUGUGGUUGGUCAGAUGGAGCAGCUUCCUGUCCCACUGAGGUUGCUGUAAUGGAAAUCAUAGUGCAAUAUGUGAGCUAAUGUUAGUGAGUAGAUUUCUGAUUAAUAUUCUUGUCUGCAGCUAAUUAAUUUCCUCCUGCUGCUGAUGGCGUGAGGCUGAGGUUGAGACUGAUCCAGUUUGAGCUUUGAGCAUCCAAAUCCCUAAAAGGGACUCUGCUGCCCCCUGCUGGAUGAUCCAGAGUUGCUGCUAUCAGCAGAGCUGGUAACCGUGGAGAUGGCCUGACUAAGAGGCCUGACCCAGGUUUAGACGUGAGCGGCUGCUUGCAUGGCGGCGUGUGAUACACAGCUGGAGGCCAAUCCCAGUUCAGUCUGGGCUGAUAUGAUGGCACUUAAUGACUUAAAAACAAAAUGUAGCCAUUUUUAAACCUGGUUUGCACUGAUGGUGAUGUUAGCUCGAGUUUCAUUAUUUUGAUUGUAAAAGCAGCUGGUAAUUGUCAGUGUUCAUUCAGCAGGUUAGUAUUGUUUCUAUAGGCUAACAUGCUGUUAGUCAGGCUGUCUGACCAAGUGUAGAUCUCAGUGUUGCCUCCACACGAGGCCCUAAUACACAGUAUUGGGGCCAAUAAACAAUAUUAGGGCCAGACUAAAAAAUUGUUGUUUUUUUUAAAUUACAAGAAUAAAGUCAUUUUAUGAUGUAAUAUUGCCAGAAAAAAGUGGUAAAAUUACUAGAAAAAGUUGUUUUAAUAAGAGAAAGCUUUGAUAAAAUGAUCAAGACCUCAUGCGAGCAACUCGUCUAGUCUGUGAGGAUUUUCUUUGAAAUAUAAUCAGUUUGCACAAAUCCUGCUACUGAUGAUAUUUGGAUGCUGAUGUGUUAAAAGAUAAAUGAUAUUCCAUUUGUAAAAUGGAGCCAUCACAAGAUGACCAGCAUUUUUUGUUUUAUUUUUUUGUGUUUGUGUUCUCAUAAAAUUACAAGUCUCCAAAUAUUACUUUAUUCUCGUAUUAUAUUUUUUUCAUAUAUUUGACUUCAUUCUCAUGACUUUUUUGUCGUACUUUACUCUUGAAUUUAGACUUCAUUAAUGUAUGACUUUUUUUCUUGCAAUAUCACAACUUUAUUCUUGUAAACGUAUUUAUUUGUUCUUGCUCUAAUCCUCUGUCAUAGACCGGUACUGCUAUUUGCAGACAAACUUGUUUUUCUUUUUAGCUAGCAGCUGUUAGCUAACUAGUCAGCAACCUGCAGCCACAUGUGCGGUGGGGUGGUCCUGCUCCACUCUAUUAUUCUCUUAAAGAAAAAGUGGUUCUGGGACUUCAGGGACAGUUUGAGGGCAGAUUUUAGAGGUUUUAUACCUUUGAUACAGGGAACCAGUCCCUACGAGAGCCCUGUUAUUACAAGAGCCCUGUUAUUCAGAGACAUGUUUCAUGGGAAGGCUAGGAGUUUAAUAGACUCAUCAGUGGAAGAAAGAAUCUGAUUUAGAUUGAGUAGAUGAGCUGCAGAAAGUUCAUCAUUGAUAACAAAAGCGUCAUUCCUCCUGGUCCUCUGGUAGGACUCAGCUCUCAGUCUGGUUCAUGUCCACCAAUCACAGCCUGGCAGCAAUAACCUUCCUGCUACUCCCUUUACUAGAUGAAUGGUUGCUGUGUGUGUGUGUGUGUGUGUGUGUGUGUGUGUGCGCGUGUGCGUGCAUGCAUGCUUUUUUUGACCAAGCUGCUUACUUCUGUUAGUCUUCAAUGUAGAAAUAAUCAUUGUUUAGAUGAAAUAUUUAUUUUUUACUAAUUUAUAUUUGUCACUUUAAUGAGCCACAUUCCUUGAUGCGAGGAUGACGUAGGGGUGAAUGAGCCGUGUUAGCAUUGAACGUGCUGAUAGAGCACAGGGUGGGCUAAUGAUUCUAUCUGUACCGGAUCACAAUAAAGAGACGAUGGAACCGGA